CUGUUGUUUUCAAAAUUUUUUUGAUAAUUUUUGAAAUUUCUGAAAAAGUUUUGAAUGUUUUGAAUUUGGCAUAAAAGUUUGUGUUUCUAUUGCAUUUACGAUGUCGAACUCAGACUCCGAUUCUGAUGAUGCUCCUCCUCGAGUGCUGAAAAAUGCCUACGAUCUUCAACGCAUGAAACUCGAAAAACUCAUGAAAAACCCGGAUAAACCUGUCGUCAUACCAGAUCGUCCCAAAGAGAAGAAAGCGUUAUUCGUGCCUGAUUUCGUUCGAAAUGUUAUGGGAUCCAGUGCAGGAGCUGGUAGCGGUGAAUUUCACGUCUAUAGGCAUCUUCGUCGGAAAGAAUACGCUAGACAGAAAGCAAUAUCCGAAAUGAGUGAAAAGGAAAGAUUGGACUACGAAUUUCAAGAAAAACUCAAGGAAAACCAAAGAAAAGCCGAAGAGAAGACUGCUAAAAAGAGGCAAAAAAGAUUGAAAAAGAAAGCUCGAAGGAAAGAAAUGCUCAAAAAGCAAAAGUUACAGAAACCAAAUCAAAAGCAAGAAUCUUCAGAAAGUGAGAGUAGUGACUCCGAUAGCGAAGACGAUUCUAAAAAAGAUCCCGAACCAGAUCAGUCUGAAAAAUGUCAAGAAAAUAGUAAAUGCGAUGAUACUGCCACCUCUAAAAAUGACGACGAAAAAAAAUCGAAUGAUGAUAAUUCUUCGUGAAAUGAGGAUGAAAUGAAUUUUUGAUCUGCAAACGGGACUGUCGUAAAUUGAACAUUACCCGGAUCCAUACGAAUAUGUAUUGGUACUGGAUGUUAUUCGUGAAGCUUAAUUUUUUGCCAGGAGUAUCAAAGAUUGUAUCAACGAAUGUUUUCAACGAUGAGAUGUUUUCUUGUUAGAUAUGAUUUAUUUUACUUUUCAAAUGACUGUUAUUACUAAUCACCUGGGCUAUGUUAUUUAUCAUGCGAAUACAUGCUGAUCUCGUACAGGUUA